CGAGUAGCGGGACUUACUAUGCACAAGUUCACCAAAGAUCUGGAACCUCUACCUUACAAUCAAGAGGCGAGCUCAAAGAAAUCACUGGUUUCUAUUAGCUCGUAAUCAGGAUAUUGGAUAUUGGACAUUAGAGAGCGUGUAUUGAAUUUUGAGUGACUAUGAGUAGCUUGGAUUUAAAACCAAAAUAUGAAAUAGGUGAAAGAUUACUUUGUUUCCAUGGGCCUCUUAUGUAUGAGGCAAAAUGUCUAGACGUCAAAGUGAAAGAAGAUGGUGUAAUGUAUUUUGUGCAUUACCAAGGUUGGAAUAAAAACUGGGAUGAAUGGGUGACAGAGAAACGUAUGUUCAAGUAUAAUGAAGAGGGAUUGAGAAAACAAAAAGAAUUAGAGCGACAAAUGUAACUUGUGUAAAGCAACGUUUCUGAUCAUGAUGCUUCUUGUAAUUUUCAGAAAAUCGGGCAAAGUGAAAGUUUUGAGGAAGUCCGACUUGAAGUCACAGUCAUUGCCACCUCCAGAAGUCCUGGAGGACGUGGAACGGACACUGAAGCCUGGUGAAGUGAAACAAGAGGGAGAUGCUCCUAAGGCCAAGAGCAUAAAGACCAAGAAAGAAACCAACGGGAAAACUGUUACUCGUGUGUCUGCUGAUUUGAAAGAGACUGAAGAUAUUAAACCAGCCAUUAAGUGUUGUGAAGAUUCAUACACACCAUCUACUCAACCUGUCACAGUAUCAAGUAGGAGAAGGAAAGGCCGAGUGUCAUCAGUGCUGAAGUCUCUUGAAAAUGAAGAUGGCCUUCUCUCUCAGCCUCGUUUGUCGAUGUCACUGCCUCCAUCUUUGAAAUCUUGGCUUAUCGAUGACUGGGAUUUGAUUACUCGUCAAGCUCGGCUUUAUGAAUUGCCUGCCUCUCAGCCAAUAUGUAAUGUUUUAUCAGACUUCUUAGAAGCUUGUGAGGCUGAAAUUAGUCAGAAGUCAGAAUCAACUGGUGAAACAAAAGAAGAGUGUACUUCUUCUGAAUCGCAGAACUCUCAGCUAACUACUACUACUAAGUUGCCAAUAAACGCGGGAGUACGGCGUGAAUUUGUUGCGGGAAUUCAGCAUUUUUUCAAUCUUACUAUUGGUUCUCAUCUUUUAUACAAAUUUGAACGAUUACAAUAUGCUGAGCUAUUGAAACAUCAUACAGAUAAGAAAAUGUCAGAUAUUUAUGGUUCAAUUCAUUUGUUGAGGUUGUUUGUUAAGCUCCGAGAUAUGGUGUCAUGCGUCCGAGUCGAUGAGCAUAGUUUCCCUAUGGUAGAAGCUUCAGUUGCUGAGUUUUUGCAGUGAGUGUAUUUUUAUUAUUUUUUUUUUAAUGCAUUGUAAAUUAACGAAGAGUGAGACGCGUAUUAAUUUUCUCACAUUUACACAUUCAUGAUCUUGCACAAUGCAUUAGUUGUAUAUUUUGAUUUGACACUAGUCAGCAACUAGUGUGUGUGACGUGUCUGGCCAGUCCUUUCGUUGUCUGAUGCAGACUGAAUUCUAUCAGUCAGUCAGUCAGUCAGGUUUGCAAUGUGGCCACCAUGCCACCAGAUAGCUCGCCAUCAUGGUGCACACAUUGAUUUCAUGGUAUUAGAUAGUUGUAGGCAAUCGGCGGCAGAGGAAGCCUUGCCCGGACCUAGGUUUCGUGCUAGUUGGCGCUCACCGGUCAGUCAGUCAGCAAGGCGUAUCUGCAACCACCUUGAAGGAACAGCUCAUGUCCCUCCUUCUGAGAUUCGAACCCGCGUCAACCAGUGAGGAGUACUGCAGUAUAUACACAUAUCUCGGAUUCUAAUGCAGGCCACAACCAUAAAGAACCCAAUGUUGAGUACUUUUUUAAAAAUUAAAAUUACUGCUCAGCAGUCCGCUCCGUCCUCCUUUAUGGC